CUCCCGCCUGUCCUCCUUAACGACGGUGGCCGCACUGGGAGGAAAAGCGCUGGACGCGCGUUCGAAAGGGGCAGUGCCUUAAAACAAGCCAGAGCUAGAGAGGCGGGCGCUGCGCGUGCGCAGAGGUGUAGUCGGGGGAAGGUGUGCUGAGGCUGGAGGUGAAGGCUCUGCGGCGGUGAGUAUUGUCUUAAACGACCUCACACCCUUGGCCACUGAUUGUGGACCAAGAUGGACCAGUCAAAGUCCUUACCCAGAAUUUUUUGAACUGAAACUGAGAAAGAAAAUCCCUCUCCAGUGUGGAAGCCAUAAAAUGUAAAACACAGGAGCUGUCAGCAGCCAAGUGUCCUACCAUAUGGAACCAGCUGGUCUGCAGUGAAAAAGAAGCCAACAUGCAAAAAGCAGCAGAGAACCAUGUGUGCUCACUACUGCAUCUCCUUUGCUGAUGUUGAAAAAGCUCACAUCAACAUUCGAGAUUACAUCCAUCUCACACCAGUGCUAACAAGCUCUAUUUUGAAUCAAGUAGCAGGACGCAAUCUUUUCUUCAAAUGUGAAGUCUUCCAGAAAACUGGAUCUUUUAAGAUUCGUGGGGCACUUAAUGCCAUCAGAGGCUUAAUUCCUGCCACCUUAGAAGGGAAGCCCAAAGCUGUUGUUACUCACAGCAGUGGAAAUCAUGGCCAGGCUCUCACUUACGCUGCUAAACUGGAAGGGAUUCCUGCUUAUAUUGUGGUACCCCACACAGCUCCCAACUGUAAAAAACUGGCAAUACAAGCCUAUGGAGCCUCUAUAGUUUACAGUGAACCGAGCGACGAGUCCAGAGAAAAGGUUACAAAAAAAAUUUUGGAAGAAACAGAAGGCAUCAUGGUACAUCCCAACCAGGAGCCUGCGGUGAUAGCUGGGCAAGGCACAAUUGCCUUAGAAGUGCUGAGUCAGGUUCCCUUGGUGGAUGCACUAGUGGUUCCUGUAGGGGGAGGAGGAAUGGUUGCUGGAAUAGCAAUUACUGUUAAGGCUCUGAAACCUAGCGUGAAGGUAUAUGCUGCUGAACCCUUGAAUGCAGAUGAUUGCUACAAGUCCAAACUGAAAGGGGAGCUGACCCCCAAUCCUUAUCCUCCAGAAACUAUAGCAGAUGGUGUCAAAUCCAGCAUUGGCUUAAACACCUGGCCUAUUAUAAGGGACCUUGUGGAUGAUGUCUUCACUGUCACAGAGGAUGAAAUCAAGUAUGCAACCCAACUGGUUUGGGAAAGGAUGAAACUACUCAUUGAACCUACAGCUGGUGUUGGAGUGGCUGCUGUGCUGUCUCGGAAUUUUCAAGCAGUUUCUCCAGAAGUGGUGCUGAGGAUCAAACCCAGGUCCUGCCCGUGCUAGGCACAGUGGCGCAUGCAUGUAUUCCCAGUGGCUCAGGAGGCUGAGGCAGGAGGAUCUCAAGUUCAAAGCCAGCCUCAGCAAUGGCGAAAGCACUAAAUGACUCAGUAAGACCCUGUCUCUAAAUAAAAUACAAAAUAGGGCUGGGGAUGUGGUUCAGAGGUUAGUGCCCGCGUUCAAUCCCUGGUACAAAAAAAAAAAAAGCUUUUUUGUGUGUGGCCAUACAGUUUCUGUUCCAACUACUCAACUCUGCCAUUUUAACACAAAAGCAGACAAAAAUCAUACAUUUGGAGAUUUAUUUUAAAGCAUGACCAUGUUCCAAUAAAAGUCUGUUUACAAAAACAAGCAGUGGGGCACAUUUGACCCAAAGGCCAUGGUUUGUUGACAUCUGAUUUUAAUACUAAAGGAAGAUAAAAUAUUUUAAGGGAAAGAAAUUAUUUUAGAUAACACAGUUGGCUAAAUAAAAACCAUGCAGAGCACAUUAGUGGCUGCAUUCAUCUCUUCCUCCUAUCAUUGCUGAAAUCUCAGUUAAGGUAUGUUCAUAAGCCCCCAGGUUAGUGGGCAAUACACCUGGCUAGUCCUGAAGUGUAGGAAUACAAUGAUUAUUCCCACCAAAAGGAUUCCUGGUCACCAUCCUCCAAACUCUGUCAUCUGGUCUUUACACCUCAAAACCCACACUUUUCUUCUUUAUCCAAUUGUAGGCUACACCCAGCCUCCAUCCCUUCACCCACAUUGACACUGGCAUAUCAGAUACCAAGAUUUCCAUGCCAUGACACACCCUUUUCAUAAAGCUGCCAACUCUGAUUCAAAUCCUAUUCUAGAAUAAAUACUCAUGGCAGAGAAGCCUCAGCAGCACACAGAAGUUACAUCAAUGAGAUGUUUCAGACAGGUUCAGACAUUUUGAAUAAGAACAUCAUUGGCUCCUAAGCCAGAGUACUGAAAAUACCUCUAAUACUAGCUAUUCUGCACCCAGCGCCCAUCAGCAAAAAGUUACGGAUUCCUAGAAGUCAGUAAGAUGGACUAGAACCCAGAAAUUUUCCCACUGCUAACCUGCAGUAUGCUGAGAAAAUAAAGGUGAGGCUCGGAAACGCCUGAAUCCACAGUGGAAAAUCAACUCUUCUUUGGCCUUUACAGGUUCAGUAUUGCCAGGAUUCCGGCUUACCACCAUGUUCAACACUGACAUCUGAGAACCAAUAAGAAAAAAAGCUUCAUAGUCUAGGAAUAAAACAGCCUAACCUGAAAGGCAGCAAACUAAAUGAACAUCAGCCACACAAUAGAACUGACAAUGCUAAUUCAUAGCAAAUUAUAGAGAUGAUGGGACACAGGUGUAUCCUUUAUGUCCAUUAACAACUGGCACUAGAACUGAAGAUAGGCUUGACCAGAGUUUUCAUGCAUCCUUCUAUGCUAGCUUAUCUUCCCAGAUCUAAUAUUAAAAAGCUUACCAUAUGCCACAAAUACUAGUGGUCCUCAAGUCAUUUACUUGCCACAUCCCUUCAAAAUCACUCAUUAGACUUCUCUUCCUCAACCUGUACUCACACUAACCAAAAGUCAAGAGCUAUCAAUCACAUAACCCCCAAAGUGACAACUAAUGGCUACCUAGAGAAGAGUUUGCACUUUGACAUAAAACUUCAUUUUUAAGAUUGCCAGUCCUUUGUUCAAAAUCUGACCUCAAAAACAUACUUAGAGAAGUCUCAGAACCACACAAAGAUUACAUCACUGAGAUGCUUCAGACAGGUUCAGACAUUUUGGGUAAAACCAUCAUUGACUUCUCCAUUGUUUUCUGAGUCCUAAAGUCAAAAGGUAAAAUCCUCAUAUCCCAUUGAACAAUGUCAUGAAUGGGUUAAAAAAGUCUCUUAACUCUCCAUUUCCCAAAAGACACUAAUUUACCUUCUGUUCAUGAGGUAGCAAAGAAAAUGCAAUCAAAGGGGCUCCUUUCCUGAAGUAUUCAACUACUGAAAAAGGGACUUCAGAGACAUGAAGUGUGACAUACCAGCCAACCUGCCAAAAGGAAGCAGAAAACAACCACAAGGUUAUCCUUAGAAACAUUUUUCCAGGACUGGGAAUGUGGUUCAGUAGUAGAGCUUUUGCUUAGGAUGUCCCAGGCCCUGAGUUCAAUCCCAGCACCAAAAUAUAAUACAACAAGAAAUAUUUCUCUAAAUGUGUGCAAAGUCUCUCAGACUAACCUAAAACCUACACUUAUCUUCUGCCUUUCACAGAUGCCUCUACUACCCAGAUUGAAUUUUCUUUUUUUUUGGUACCAGCAAUUAAAUCCAGGGAAACUUAACCACUGAGCCACAUCCCUAGCCCUUUUUUUAUGUUAGAGACAAGCCCUCGCGGAUUUGCUUAGGCCCUCGAUAAGUUGCUGAGGCUGGCUUUGAACUGGCGAUCCUCCUGCCUCAGCCUCCCCAGCUGCUGGGAUUACAGAUGUACACCACCACACCUGGCCCAUAUUCAACUUUUUUAUUUAAUGUCUCUGAUAUCAGUGACUCAAUGGCUCCCCUAAUUCAGCUAUAGGCAGCAUAAAACUACAUUAAAUAGUCAUGCUCAUGCCAAGAAAGAGUAAAGCAGGCAACAUGGUGGCAAUCAAAAGCAAAUUAUAGUCAGGCAUAGCAGCACAUGCCUAUAAUCCCAAUGGCUAGGAAAGCUAAGACAGGAGGAUCACAUGUUUGAGGCCAGCCUCAGCAACUUAGUGAACUACUUAACAAGACCCUGUCUCAAAAAAAAUAAAAAGGUUUAGGGAUAUAGCUCAGGGAUAAAGCACCCCUUGAUUCAAUCCCCAGUACCACCCUCUCCCCACCAAAGGCAAAUAAUGGAGUGGACAAUGGACAGAUACCUCAGCUCCUUCGUCCUCUUUUUCCUCAAUCUCUUUAAAGAUUCUUUUCCUAGUAUUGGUAAAGUUCUGAAACUGAAAGAUCCGAGCAUAAUCUCGAGGAAGAUUUUCCUUAGGAUCCCAUGGAGAUGUCCGGAAGCUCUUAAGGCCUCUGUACUUCUGAAAUCUAAAAUAUAGGAAAAUUCAGAGAAAUUAACAGACUAUAUGGUGCUAUAUAAGACAUGACUUUGAUAACAGCUAAGGCUCUAUUUUUAAAAACUCUAAUCACUCUCUCUCUCAAAAUAACCUAAUAACUUAAACCAAGACGACAUUUUUAAAACAGUUUUUUAAAAAUGUAUUUAUUUUUUAGUUAUACUUGGACACAAUACCAUUAUUUUACUAAUUUAUUUUUAUAUGGUGCUGAGGAUUGAACUCAGGGCCUUGCCCUAGCUAGGUGAGCACUCUACCACUGAGACACAACCCCAGCCCCUUAAUUCAGUUUUUAACAACUAUUUCAGAAGUAUAUCCAGACUUCUCACUAAGGAUAAAGUAUUUACAGAUCUCUGGUAAUAGUCUUAGCACUCUAGUAGCCAACAUACACUCUCUGGCUUUAGUGAACUCACUUCCAGAGCAGGCACUAUUGUCUAUUGCUUCAUGCUUUUACUUUUGUUGCCCUCCCAAAGUUCCCCUAAAAUCUCCAAACAUUCUGUACAUAUUAGUUCCAACAGAGUAUUUGUUAAUUAACCUUGUUAUUUCUCCUUUAUUAAAGUCCUGUAACAUUAGUUGUACCAUAGUCUAAAACUUUAUUAUAUACGACUAUUUCCCAUGAGUGUUGACUACCCACAUAGAAUGUUGGCCCUUAACGAACAGGGAACAAUGUCUUUUUCUUCUUUUGCAUCACAGUGACAUAAUUCUGAGAUAUAUUUUUUAAAUAAAAACUUAUUGUUGAAUUUA